AUGGCACCCCCACCCUUCCCCUCUACCCCAACGCUACAAGGGAAUGACUCGGUGUCCACAGCUUCUCCAGGCACCUGGCGACAUCCACAGCUCAAGGAGAUUGUUCGAAGGCAAAACGCGUCAACAUUCGGAGACCGCAAUGUUAAGAAGAUCGCCUUGAAUGGCGGUUGUUUAAUAACUUCUGGAUUUUUGGGAACUUCAUUCAGACAAUGCUACCAAUGGCUAGGUUCUAUGCUGAAUAUACCAACAUAUCCCGACUUGGUUCUCCUCGCCAUUCGCCUUCUACUUCUUUUAAAUAUCGUGGUUGCUCUAUACCCUCUAUAUCGCCCAAAGGAUGAUUUAUCCGACAUCCCCCUCACACCCUCACAACGGUCUCUUCUCGGCCUCGACCCGAGCCACAGCGCACCUGCUACGCCUGGAACUAAAUAUGUUACCCCUCCAAGAUAUAGAUUGUCAUCUGGCUCUAGAACGGCCAGCCCGAUUAGUCCAAGUUCCUCACCACUCUCUGGAAGAUCUGGAAGCCAGUCAACCGGCAAGUCUCAAGAUGGAUUCCCAUAUUCACCUUCGCCAAGCCCGUUAUUUCACAAGGCUAUGGGGAAUGGCACGAAAGAGGUGCAGCGAAGACAGAGUUUUGGGUCUCCCUCUCCUUUAGGCCGGUCGAGCUUUCGGGAAAGGAGUGUAUUUAGAGUACCCUCAACCCCAAGUCCGAGCGGAAAAGGGAAUGGGAAUGGAAAUGGGAAAAGCACCAACACGGUGCUUACUAACAAAUGGUUAUACGAAAAAACACGUUCCAUGUCUCCCAAUAGUAGUGUCUAUAGGUCGUAAUGGACCUUCGUUGGGUGGAAGCAAUUUAUGAGCGUGAAUCUAUAGGCAGGAAUUUGAAGCCAAGGCGCAAUGGGAAUGAGUGAGAGAAUUGGCGGCGUGGGUCAAGUAUCUUUUAUGCUUGUAAAUUUGUUUUCAACACACUUUUUCUCCUUCAAAGAAUGAUCAUGAUAUUGUAGCAUUAUAUAUAUCAUUACUAUGCCU